CAACCAGAGCUAGGUCAGCUGGUAUACCUCCCAGUCUAACCGGACUGCUCUGGUGACGGACACUGUCUCUCUGAAGCCGGUGACUGUGCACUCUAUACUGACGUCCCAGCGCUUGGGCGAAGGUGUCGCGUCGAAAGACGAGAAAGACGGAAGGACUCGCUCCGACAUGCCAGGGAUGAGACUUCAAGCGACGCUCACGGUCUUGCUUGUGCUGCUGGUCCCAUCCGGGAUUCGUGGCAACAAGGCCGCUGGGACAUCGCAGACGGAGCCCGAGUUUGCCGAGCCAAUUCAGAACAUCACCGUUCCGGCAGGACGCAAGGUCACCCUCGCCUGCGUCGUCGAAAACCUCAACAACUACAGGGUUGCCUGGAUGUUCGUGGAGAAGUUUACGUUGUUGACUCUCGCCAAGAGCGUGAUAACACACAACUCCCGCUUCAAGGUGACGCACAAUGGUCACCGCACCUGGCACCUGCACAUCCACGACGUGCAAGAGCGCGAUCGCGGCGCCUACAUGUGCCAGAUCAACACGUCGCCCAUGAAGUCCCAGAUCGGAUACCUCAACGUUGUCGUGCCACCCAAGAUAGACGAGGAGAACACCAGCUCAGACACCGAAGUCCGGGAGGGUGGUGAAGCGGCGCUCAAGUGCGUUGCCAAGGGAACACCGGAACCGGAAAUCACGUGGAGAAGAGAAGACGACCAGGAAAUCGCGUUCGGCCGCGAGAAAGUUCCAUCGGUGAAAGGUACCUGGCUGAACAUCACGAAGGUGUCCCGCCUGCACAUGAGUGCCUACCUGUGCAUCGCCUCCAACGGUGUGCUGCCCUCGGUCAGCAAGCGGAUCAUCCUUGAAGUCAGCUUCGCGCCCAUGAUAUGGAUACCGAACCAGUUGGUCGGCGCGAGCGUCGAUACCGACGUGACCCUGGACUGCAAUCUGGAGUCGCACCCCAAGUCGGUGACCUACUGGACGCGCAACACGGACACUAUCAUCCACCAGAAUUCCAAGUACUCGGUCGUAACGGUGCAACACGCCAUGUACAAGGUCCAGAUGCAGCUCGUGAUCCGCAGGCUCAAACCCGAGGACUUUGGCGAGUACCACUGCGUAGCCAAGAACUCGCUGGGCGAGACGGAGGGAACCAUCAAGCUCUACGAGAUUCCAGCCAGCUCGUCGUCAACGUCACACUCACCCGAGGCAUUUCGAGCGAAAUCGGAAAAAUUGCGCAACGGCCAAAUGCGAAACUCCCUGACAAGGCCCAGCGAUCGGGCCGUGGUGACGACCAAACCCCAGGAUCUGUCUGAAGCUUCGAGAGAUCAGAGGCCAUCUUACACACCAGCUAUUGUGAAAAUUGGAGAUUUGCAGCUGCACGGUAGCUCGACGCGCCUAGGGAGCUCAGUGCUGUCCAUGUCACUGCUUUCUCUCAUCGUCGUCGGCUUCGUGUUGACCAUGUCGUGACGUGUUGCGGCAUCGCCUUGAACGUGCAUCGACAACGCUGCCGUACGUCACGCCCGCCGUGGCGGACUCUAAGCGCGCCGCAACGGACGACGGCCCCUGACUGCAUCAGUGACGCGGAGGGAAACACGGCGCGCCAACGGCUCAACUGAAAUCGAACGCCACAAAUCUUUCGUGACGCGAGGCAAUUUCCCAAGCAGCGAAACGUAGGGAGGACGUUGCCAUACGCGUUACGCUAUGCGUACACUGGUCAUUUCUCUUUUCGGACCUUUCCUUUUUGUCGCUUUCCGCGGUUGCGUGCGUUCUCUGUGUGAACGACUGUAUCGAAGGGGCUGGCUGCUACUCCUGCCAAGUGCGCGUCAGAACACUUCGAAAUUAUACGUGUUUAUCUCGAUCGAUGCUAUUGUGCGAAAUAUUUUGACCCUAGUUUGGGCGUUACUUAACCGUAGCGUUGAUGUUUCUCUUCUCUCUCUUCAAGAGAUGAAAGUCAAGCUCAUCUGUUAUGGUUAUCAAUCACAAUCUAAAUGACCACUUACAAGCGCAGCCAUUCAGCGUCUAGCGAGUGCAAUGUAAGGAACGAACAUUAUCAGCUUAAGUUUUAUGCGCCAUCACUAACCGACUUUCAUUUAAUGUGCCGGAAACACCUGAAACGGAAACACAUGUUUAGAAAAAAAUUUAACGCCAAUUUCCAUCCGAAAGCUUUUUACUUGGAGCUGUAAUAAGGAGACUGGUAGCAUUGGGGGAUCCCUGUCCUUUUAUAACUUACUCAUAUCCUUGCAGAUAUCAUAAAAAAAGCUGAAAAAGACAUUCUUUGGGGGAAAAGGUGUGGUUAACCAUGUAGAGGUCAUGUCAAACUUCAAUGGUUUCUUUUUUUUUCUGUGCUUACCCUAGCUCGAUUCUAAGCGUUCCAUUCUGACUCUCAAAUCUUGCUCAUUCCCUCAUACGUUAAAAUCGCCAUUUAAUUCUCAUCUUCUUCUUUUCUCAUUAUCCGCAUAGUCAUUCUUUCACGGACUUCAGUCAGUCAUGAGUGAUGAAGAGAUCGUCUCUUGCCGUUUUCAUCAGACACUGUAGAGGCACUUCGUAGCAUUCUGUCCGCAACGAUUUCACUAUCUUCGUCAAAACAUCCCUUUGCAAGUACGCAUUUUGGAAAUACUGUAGAAAAGUAGUAUAUCGAGCAAAAACAGUGUUGUCAUCUCGCAGCGCACUUUAGCAGCACUAGCACCAUUGUUGCGCAUGCCGUGUCAGCGUGUACAGUCCAUAGGGAAUAACAAAUAUCCGGCAUCAAGUGUGGUAGAUAUAUCAUCAGCCUUUUUGCACACCAAAUGGGGAAAAACAUGUUUCGUUAGAAGGAGAGAGAUCAAUUAUCAAAGCAACGUCGCUUUUCAGUGAUACACAGAGCGCAAGCACGUAAUUGUACUUGACUGAUAUUGGGUCAUAUGCUAUAGAUAUUACAACAUUGAACUGAAACGUGCUGCACUUUCAGCCGGCUAAACUCAAUAGCUUUAUUCAAGUCACUCGUCACUUUCUUGCUAUGUUGCGCAUUAUAGAAUUUAUUUUUAAUGGUGUUUUAUCACUCUAUGUUAAUUAGGAGUUGCUGGCGCUUUUAUGUAGCGCCGGCUACUCCUUUUCACAGAUAGCAUGAUUAUUGAAAAUCACAGCCUUGAAAAGAAAACUAUAUAAAAUCGCACCUAGAAGGAUUUAGGCUAUUAUUUAAAAAACUAAAAACGUAAUAAAGCGAAUACAAGCGUCAGGAGUGGCUCAGUUUGGUAGGUAUGGGAGGCAUGUAGUCGCAAACAGGCUCCCUCUGAAGCACUCAUCUAUAAGUGAUUUUUGUUUACGUUUAUGGCACCGAAAGAAGACAUACGUCAAAGCAUCUACGGUCUAACAUGCUGAUAAUACGAAACGUAAACCCAGAAUGCCACGUACAUUGUGAAUAACUGAUAAGGUAUUAAAUAUGUUAGGUAUUCUCCAUAUAAACCUCAGAAAACGCACGAUGCGCCAAAACGAUGGGUAAAUGGGCGUUCGUUCUUGUUUAUGAAUCAGAAAAAAUGUUAUUGGCGAUACAUUGCUUCUGCUAAACUGGUUUUGGUAGAGUACGACACAGUCGGUAGCGUCUCUGUCGAUCUUGCUUAUUAUGAGAGUACAGAACGUUUUUUUGUACACCAAGCAAAAUAUUUUAUUUUUAAAGAACGCUGGAGAAAGUUGGCAUCUUCUGUAAGUGAAUCUAAUUAAGAGCGACCACAUUGUAAGUUUAUUAAUGCUUUAAGCAGCUAUGCGAAUCACUUUGUUUGCUAGUCACUUGUAAGCCGUUAUCACCGCGCAUACAAUAGACGCACUGUUGGUACAGAAUUUUGAUUCACACGCUGCCGUCCCAACAGUUGGUUACCAGUCUAAACAUCAAAUUCUAGCCGACAGCAGUCGUAACACGCGGAUAUUGUGGCUGCUUCUUUGCGGUUUUGUGUACUUUUUCAGUCUCUCUUGAGCGCAAAGAAACUUUUUUUUGGUCGUGUCUCUGUGCGAUUACGAAUGGUUUACGGUCCGCAUACCUUGCGGGCGUUCGAACGGUGCCGUAAAAACACUCAGCUUAGGAACUCACGUGGGUCGACAUUCAUCUUGCGUUUAACUCCGUUUUUGUGGGAAUCGGAGCGGGGAAAUGGGCAUACAAUUUUGAUCGAAAUUGCUUACUCUUGCCACACCCAUAUCUGCUGGCCUUUAAGCCAGUCUACACGCUCAGAACUGCUUGCAUGCUGCACGCAAUUAAUUAUUUAAAAUUGUCUGUACGUGAAUCAUUAUUUUUAAGGUUUGCGCUAGAGCUAAGGCAGGAGCAAAAUAAAAGAAGAUAGGUUUGGCAUUUAUCAACCGCCCACGGCCUACGUCAACGCAUUAAUAAUAAAACGUCAGUGACUGUUCCUACAAAGUGCGCAACUGAACAGAUUUCAGACAAAAUUAUCGAUAUUACCCACGCCUAUUCUCUUCAGAACACAGUAGAUAAAGUUUUAUUCUUGAUCCGAUAUGUGCAACAAUGCAUUUCAGAUGAAAACAAAAAUAAGUCAUAACAACGAAAAGAAUGUUGGAGUGCAUUCGCUGCACCCGUUUGUUUCAAGCCACAGAAAUUUCAGCUUUAGAGUUCAGAAUAAUAGGUCAACUAUUGAGCCUGCAAAAUUUAACUAUGUUUUCUGCUAGCUAUUGUGAAGCGCCUGCAUUUCCGUGUGUGUGGACGGUGUCAAUAUUUCUUGUAAAUAACAUACACCUAUGUACUCGCACAGAAGCUCAACAGCGACUCGACGACAGUGGUGGCAGCAAGAAUACCGGGAGAAGUACGCGUGUGAUGACGUUGAUGAUGGCGCUGAUGGUAGCAAGAACAUGUACAUAUUAUCGUGUGACUAACGCGUAAUUUUUUGUUUCUUUAUGAAGUGCCAAACGUACGUGGAUGAGUACAAUAAAGGGCGUCCAUCUUUCUUUUUUAUGACAUCACAAA